UUUCUUAAUCUAAAGCCAUCUACUAAAUAUUCUAAUCAAUACAAAAUCCCUCCACUACUCCUCUGUUCCGCCUUCGCUACCACCUCUCUCACUCUACCCAGUGAUGGCUGCUUAUGGAGCUGCCGUUUCUCUCAAGAACACAAUUCAGAGUCUUCUAGAAUCGUCUCGCAUCUCGCUGGUUCCUCCCUCUCCACAGAUCUUACGAUCCGCCUAUGAUGCUAUGUCUUGUUUGCUGAACGUUCUGAGCAAAUUGGACAGCACGGGCUAUAGCAAGAUCAGGACGAAGGUGAACGCUUUGGAUGAUCGAAUCAAAGAGGCCAUAUGGGAAUUCGAAGAUUUAUCGAAUCGCACUACACCUGAUCAGAUUCUUCCACAGCUUGAAAGCGAGAGAGAUCGCUUGCCUUUCUCUGUAGAUCUGCAGAGUCUGCGGCAGAGAGUUGAUGGCUUCAUCGAGAGGGUGACGGUGAUGGAGGCAGAGUAUGAUAUUGAACUGCUGAGUAUGCCUGAAGAAGAAGGUGAACCUCUUUCCUCAAGAAUUGAUUUUCGUGGCAUCAACUCAAACAUGGUUGGAUUGUCCGAUCAAUUUAAAGAAGUGAGGGAUUAUCUUCUUCAAAAAGGUGAAGGUGAAGGUGAAAGUGGUGAUGAAUACAAAGCUGGACGAAAUUGUUUACUAGUUACUGGGAUGGCAGGGGUUGGAAAGACAACUCUUGUUAAGAGAGUAUUUGACGAUCCAUCAAUUCAGAGACAUUUUGAGCUUCAAGCAUGGGUCAAAGUGGGCAGAAAAUGUGAAUCCAAUGAAACGUUUCGGUGCAUUCUAGCCCAAGUGGAUCCCGGUCCCAACACUCACCACCAAAUGCUUACCCAAAGGGACAACGAUGACAACAAGAAAUUACUUGGACUCUUGAAAGAGAGACUCAAGGAUAAGAAAUGUCUCGUUGUGCUAGAUGAUGUAUGGGAAUGGGACACACGAUUAAUGGAUAGCUUGCGAAAAAAGAAUGUCCAAAUUUUGCUUACAAGCAGGCUGAGAAUUGAAGAUUCUCCAAUUAUUCGUGUAGUUCGCUUUUUGAAUAAUGAAGAAAGUAAGAAAUUACUUGGUGAGAAGGUAUUUGGUGAAAAAGGUUUCCCACCUUACCUUGAGGAAUUGGGAGAAAAGAUUGCAAAAAGAUGUGAAGGUCUUCCACUUAUGAUAGUUACAAUUGCAAAUCUCCUAAGAAAAGCCAACAAGGGUACCAGAGAAGAGCUUAACAUGAGUACCCAUGAAUAUUGGACUGAGGUAGCCGAAAAACAACAAAGCUCAGUCUUUCUUGAUGCAUAUAAUCAAAUAUCUGAGGUAUUUUUCCCAAGCUAUGACUACUUACCUCAAAUUUUGAAAAUGCUUUUUCUCUAUUUGGGAGCUUUCCCCCCAUAUAGGAAUAUUAAUCCACUGGAUCUCAUGUGUUAUGUAAGUGCUGAAGGGUUUUGCGAACAAAUUGGGAAAAAAAAAUUGGAUGAGGUUAUCGAUGGAUUGAAGAUUAGGAAAUACUUUGUGUUCGGUAUCCUGAGAGAGCUUGCUGAUAAUUAUAAUCUUCUUCUAUAUGAUUUUAAUCAAGUAUCUUGGUUUUCAAAAAACAAAUGCCGUGUGCAUUCUUGCUGGCAGCAUUUGUGUAGGAAAGAAGCUAGUAAAAUCAAGUUCUUGCAUGUUUUACAAAGUUGCAAUGAAGUUAUGAAAGGACAGCGUCGGUUGUGUGCUCAUUCGAACACUUUAUUUGCCAUCAAAGAAGUGUCUGAUUCAAUAAAAAGUGAUUGUUCUUCCACAGUCCGUUCUCUCCUUUGUCAUGGCCCUUUUCACCCUUAUCCAGUGCCAAUACAUGCCAUGGAUUUCAAAUUGCUCAGGGUACUAAAUGUUCUUAAGGUCCGAUUUUAUAAUAUCCCACCUGAAAUUCUAAAACUAGUGUGUCUAAAGUUUCUUGCUUUGGCUUGCAACCAAGAGCUCCCUGCUUCCAUAUCUAACCUUUUACACCUUCAAUUCUUGAUAAUCCAUGUAUAUGUGCACAUUAUAAAGCAUGGAGAUCUACCAUAUAUGCCAAUGGAAAUAUGGGACAUGCAAAACCUACAAUAUCUUAAUGUCAUGGGAAGAAACAUGCCAACCCCCAAUUCCAAUUCUAAUGCUAUUUUGGACAGAGUCUCUUUUCUUAUAGGCGUGACUACAAAAAGUUGCACCUCAGAAAUUCUUAAAAGAAUCCCGAAUUUAAGGUAUCUAUCCAUUAUUAGUGUUAGGAAGCCUUAUGAUGAAGAUGAUGAUAGCAACUCAUUAAGUGGCUUGGCUAAUAUCUCAGAGGAACUCCAGAAUUUGCUAUGUCUUUCAUACGAUGUAAUGUACCCAGAUAUGAAGUGGAAUAGUAUGGUUCCUUUUUCAAUGUUCCCAACAAGUCUUCAAGCAUUGAAGUUAAGUGGUUUAGGGUAUCCUUGGAAGUACAUGAAUGAGAUUGGUUCGAUGCUACCAAAUCUUAGUCUCCUCAUACUAGAAGAUUAUGCCUUUCAAGGCCCAAAGUGGGAUAUAGAAUCGAGUUGUUUUUUGAAGCUUGAGGACCUUGUAAUUGAGGACACUGAUUUGGUGGAAUUGAGAGCUCAAGAUGGAAGCCUCCCUAGGCUUAAGCUCCUGAGCCUGCGAUACUGCUACAAAUUGAAACAUCUCGAUUGGUUGUGUGGUAACUCACAGAAAACACCUGUAAUUGAAUUAGUCGACUGCAAUCCCUUAGUUUAUGCAUUUGCUGAGGAAAAAUUAUCAAAAUAUCAAUUUGAAAUUCGUAGCCACCGUUCUUAUUUGUGAUGAGAAAUCGCAGGCAAAUGAGAGAAGAUAAUGGGUCAGAUGUCACAUUAUCCCAUCAUUUCAAGUGUAUUAUCAUGCUGUUUCCUGAAUUCAAGGUUCGUAAUUUGUUUGAUUUUGUUGAGAAUUGAACUAUGUUUGUGACCAAAAACUAUUCAGUUAAAUUUAUGUUAAAACAUUACAUGCUGCUUUUUUCCAUAGUUCAAUAUUCUCUCUGCUUUAUGCUUGUUUUUCACUUUGUUUUGAUUGUAUAUUGAAUUAGUUAAUGCCUUUUUGUAUUUAUUGAAUUUUGAAACUGUAAUAGCAUAGGAUUUACUUGUUCUUGAUUAGCUAUUAAUUUGUGUAAUAGUUAAUUAGGGAACUUGUAAUAGUAAGUUGUGCUAUUUUUUUUUUUUUUUUUGGUUGUCUGCUGUUGGAGCUGUACAUACCCAACUGCUUGAUUGAUAUGCUCGGGAAAUUCGGCUGCAUUUCCGAUGUGAUGAUGGUUUUCGGAGAACUGGCUGAGAAGGAUAUUAUAUUAUGGAACUCUGUUCUUAGCAGCAUUGCUGGAUUUUCUUCUCUCACAUUGGGUAGUUUGACGCAUUGCUGCACGUUGAAGUGUUGUUUUGAUGAGCAUGUCAUGGUGGGGUGUGCGCUUAUCGACGUGUAAUUUAGUGUGGAGUGGUGGAGAAGGCGGAGAGGUCGUUUGAGUCGCUCGUGGAGAUGAAUAUAGUCAAUUGGAACGCGCGUUGAUUUAGUCCUUCAAGUGUACGCGCACAAUGGUGGCAUGGUGGGGCUCGUUUACACGUCGUGAGAGGCUACUUUGGCGUGAUGAGGAUUGCGUCUAGGGUUGAUCUAACUCCGGAGCAUUGAUAGGGCAAGAAGGGGACGAUUGGUGUGCUCGGGUUUGGAUAUUGAGCUUGUAGAGUAUAGGUGAAUAGGGAUCAUGGCAUAUAUAUCUCAAUUUUAAUUUUAUGUUUCCCUUUGUUAUUGGAUUCGAACAUGAAUAUAAUAUACUAUAAAUGUGUUUUUCAA